AUGUCCCCCACCGCGGUCAGGGACUGCCUGUGUCGCCUGUCCGCCUACCUGGAGGAACUGGGGGCCAUGGAGCUGAAGAAGUUCAAGCUAUACCUGGGCACGGCCACGACGGAGAUGCUGGGGGGCAGGAUCCCCUGGGGACGGAUGGAGAGCGCCGGUCCCCUGGAGAUGGCCCAGCUGCUGGUGGCCCACUGCGGGGCCCAGGAGGCCUGGCUGCUGGCUCUGAGCGUCUUCGAUCGGAUGCACAGGAAGGACCUGUGGGAGAGAGGACAGCGAGAGCCCCUGGUGAGCGAUACUCCACCUGGUGGCCCGUGCUCGCUGGGGAGCCAGUCAGCAUGUUCCCUGGAAGCCUUUCCCAGAACUCCGAGAAAAGGUCCCCGGGAAGCCUACAGGGACUCGGUCCGCAGGCGGUUCCGGCUGAUGCAGGACCGCAACGCGCGCCUCGGGGAGUCCGUCAACUUCAGCCACCGGUACACCCGGCUCCUCCUGGUCCAGGAGCACUGCAGUCCCAUGGGGGCCCAGCAGAAGCUUUUGGACACAGGCCGGGGACACGCCAGGAGCGCAGGCCAGCAGGCCAGCCUCAUCCAGGUGGAGACCCUCUUCGAGCCAGACGAGGAGCGGCCCGAGCCUCCGCGCACCGUGGUCCUGCAGGGCGCCGCGGGCAUGGGCAAGUCCAUGCUGGCCCACAAGGUGAUGCUGGACUGGGCCGACGGGCGGCUCUUCCAGGACAGGUUUGAUUACCUCCUGUACGUCAACUGCCGGGAGAUGAACCGCGGCGGCCCGGAGCGCAGCGCGCAGGACCUGCUGUCCAGCUGCUGGCCCGAGCCCAGCGCGCCCCUGCGGGAGCUGCUCCGAGUCCCCGAGCGCCUCCUCUUCAUCAUCGAUGGCUUCGACGAGCUCAAGCCCUCUUUCCACGACCCUCAGGGCCCCUGGUGCCUCUGCUGGGAGGAGAAACGGCCCACGGAGCUUCUCCUGAGCAGCCUGAUUCGGAAGAAACUGCUGCCCGAGGCGUCUCUACUCAUCACCACCAGGCCCACGGCUCUGGAGAAGCUCCACCGCCUGCUCGAGCACCCCAGGCACGUGGAGAUCCUGGGCUUCUCGGAGGCCGAGAGGAAGGAGUACUUCUACAAGUACUUCCACAGCGCCGAGCAGGCCGGCCACGUCUUCAACUUCGUGAGAGACAAUGAGCCCCUCUUCACGCUGUGCUUCGUCCCCUUGGUGUGCUGGGUGGUGUGCACCUGCCUCAAGCAGCAGCUGGAGGGCGGGGGGCUUUUGAGACAGACGUCCAGGACCACGACCGCCGUGUACAUGCUCUACCUCCUGAGCCUGAUGCAGCCCAAGCCAGGGUCCCCGACCCUGCAACGCCAGCCCAACCAGACCGGGCUGUGCUCCUUGGCCGCUGACGGCCUCUGGAACCAGAAGAUCCUAUUUGAGGAGCAGGACCUGCGGAGGCACGGCCUGGAUGGGGCGGACGUGUCUUCCUUCCUGAACAUGAACAUCUUCCAGAAGGACAUCAACUGCGAGAAGUUCUACAGCUUCAUCCACCUGAGCUUCCAGGAGUUCUUUGCGGCCAUGUACUACAUCCUGGACGGUGGGGACAGCCGGUCCAGCCCAGACCAGAGCCUGACCAGGCUGCUGGCCGAGUACGGGUUUUCGGAAAGGAGUUUCUUGGCUCUCACCGUCCGUUUCCUGUUUGGGCUCCUAAACGAGGAGACCAGGAGCUACCUGGAGAAGACUCUGUGCUGGAAGGUCUCGCCCCAAAUCAAGGUGGAGCUGUUGGAGUGGAUCCAAAGCAAAGCUCUGAGCGAGGGCUCCACCCUGCAGCGGGGCUCCCUGGAGUUCCUCAGCUGUCUCUACGAGAUCCAAGAGGAGGAGUUCAUCCAACAGGCCCUGAGCCACUUCCAGGUGGUCGUGGUCGGCAACAUCGCCACCAAGAUGGAGCACAUGGUCACCUCCUUCUGCCUGAAGAGCUGCAGGAGCGUCCAGGUGCUGCACCUGUACGGGGCCGCCUACAGCGCGGAUGAAGAGGAGGGGGUGAGGCCGACUUCGGGGCGCCAGAUGCUACUGGAACAGUCACCCGAGAGGAACGUUCUGCCAGAUGCCUACAGUGAACAGCUUGCCACUGCCCUGAGCACCAAUCCGAACCUGACCGAGCUGGCUCUGCACCACAACGCCCUGGGGAGCCGGGGAGUGAAGCUGCUGUGUCAAGGGCUCAGACACCCCAACUGUAAACUUCAGAACCUGAGGCUGAAGCGGUGCCGGGUGGCCAGCGCCGCCUGCCAGGACCUCGCAGCGGCUCUGAUGGCCAACAGGAACCUGGCCAGGAUGGACCUGAGCAGCAACGGCCUCGGGCUGCCCGGCAUGAAGCUGCUGUGUGAGGGGCUCCGGCACCCCAAGUGCAGGCUGCAGAUGAUCCAGCUGAGGAAGUGCCAGCUGGAGGCCGGGGCGGGCCAGGAGCUGGCCGCGGUGCUGGGUGCCAGCCGUCACCUGGCGGAGCUGGACCUCUCGGGGAACGCGCUGGAGGACGCGGGCCUGCGGUGGCUGUGUCAAGGCCUGAGGCGCCCGCUCUGCAGGCUGCAGGUCCUGUGGUUAAAGAUAUGUCACCUCACUGCUGCAGCCUGUGAAGACCUGGCCUCCACCCUCACUGUGAACCAGAGCCUCAUGGAGCUGGACCUAAGCCUGAAUGACCUGGGGGACCCCGGGGUGCUGCUGCUGUGUGAGGGCCUCAAGCACCCGCAGUGCAGACUCCAGACGCUGCGGCUCGGCAUCUGCCGGCUCGGCUCUGCGGCCUGCGAGGGGCUGUCUGCUGUGCUCCAGCUGAACCACCGCCUCCGGGAGCUGGACCUGAGUUUUAACGACUUGGGAGACCGGGGCAUGCGGCUGCUGUGCGAGGGCCUGCGACACCCCACCUGCAGGCUCCAGAAGCUGUGGCUGGACAGCUGCGGCCUCACAGCCAAAGCAUGUGAGGACCUCUCCUCCACCCUGGGGGUCAACCAGACCCUGACGGAGCUCUACCUGACCAACAACGCCCUGGGGGACGCGGGCGUCAGGCAGCUGUGCCAGCGGCUGGGCCAGCCCGGCUGCACACUGAGAGUCCUCUGGUUGUUUGGAAUGAACCUGAACACCAUGACCCACAGGCAGCUGGCAGCGCUCCGCGGGACGAAACCCGACCUGGACAUCGGCUGCUGA